CCCAGACAUGGCGGCUUACAGGUAGAACACACUCUGCUAAUGUAGACGUUAAUUUGAAGGGUGACCGGAGAAAAUCAGCAGAUAUGCUCGGACUGACAUUGAAAGAGGUGUCUUUGGCAUUCAGGGAGGGGAGAAUCUCCCCAACUGAGCUCUGUAGGAAGUGUCUGAAUCGCAUCAAAAAAACUCAGCGCCUGAAUGCUUACAUCACUGUUACAGAGGAAUUUGCUAUGAAACAGGCUCGACAGUCGGAAGCAAGGCUGCUUCAAGGCAUCCCCAAAGGACCCCUGGAUGGGAUCCCCUUUGCAGUCAAGGACAAUUUCUGCACUGCCAAUAUCAGGACAACAUGUGCCUCCAAGAUGCUGAAAGACUACACUCCGCCCUACAAUGCUACAGUUGUACAAAAGCUUCUUGACCAAGGGGCCGUACUGAUGGGGAAGACUAACAUGGAUGAGUUUGCGAUGGGUGCAGGCAGUACCGACGGGGCAUUCGGUCCAGUCAGAAACCCGUGGAGCUACGCAGCCUCAUACAGAACACAGGGGGGAGCAGCUUCUGACUCCGACUGGGUCAUCACUGGAGGAAGUUCUGGGGGAAGUGCCGCAGCUGUCGCCUCAUGCACAAGCUACCUGGCUUUGGGUUCAGACACAGGCGGUUCAACCCGUAAUCCCGGAGCGCUGUGUGGAGUGUUCGCCCUGAAGCCCACUUACGGCCUGGUGUCAAGGCAUGGGCUCAUUCCCUUAGUUAAUUCCAUGGAUGUCCCUGGAAUUAUUACACGCAGCGUCAGUGACGCAGCUAUCGCCCUAGGUGUCCUCCAAGGCAUUGAUGUUAGAGACUCAACCACAGUUCCUGCUCCAUCAGCACUAGCAGAGCUUCCUGAAGACUUUGAUGUCAAGAACAUCUGUGUUGGCAUCCCUAAGGAGUACCAUGCCCCCGGCCUGUCUGAGGAGACCCUGGCUCAGUGGAGUCGUGUUGCAGACUUGUUUGAGAAAGCAGGAGCCCGGGUGGAGCAGGUUUCCCUCCCACACACUCAGUACUCCAUCGUCUGCUACCACGUCCUUUGCCACACCGAGGUGGCGUCAAACAUGGCCCGAUUUGAUGGGCUGGAAUACGGCCACCGGAGUGAGAUGAAGAGCUCCACGGAGGUGAUGUAUGCUUCAACCCGACACGAGGGCUUCAACGAUGUAGUCAGAGGGAGGAUUCUUUCCGGGAACUACUUCCUGCUUAAACAGAACUACCAGCACUACUUUGUGAAGGCCCAAAAAGUCCGUCGGCUGAUCGCAGACGACUUCCGGCACGUUUUUGGAUCAGGGGUUGAUGUGCUGCUGACUCCCACAACUCUGACUGAUGCGGCCUGUUACCAUGACUUCACACAGGAAGACAACCGAACUCGCAGCGCACAGGAAGAUGUCUUCACCCAACCUGCAAACAUAGCAGGCCUCCCUGCUGUCUCUGUGCCAAUCGCCUUAUCACGGCGGGGUCUGCCCAUUGGCUUACAGCUCAUCGGCCCCGCCCUGGAAGACAAGAAACUGCUUUGUGUCGCUCAGUGGGUCGAGCAGAGAGCGGACUUCCCAUCCAUCAGUGACUGCGAUAACACUCAGGAGAGCAGGAAGGAUCCAGGAGUGACCAGGAGGGAGCAGACUUCAGCCAUCUGAGGAGCGCUUUCGAUACUAUCAAAACUAAAACAACUCCUGAUAUCCUUAUAGGAAGUUCUAUAUGGAGUUAUCGGAUCACAAAUUACAGAUGCUUUAUAGUGAUAAAGUACAUUAAAUAAACUACAGAAUGUUAAAACCUGACUACUGUUUAACUGGGAUGUUGCAUCACAUCCUGUUAAAUAGACAUAAUGUUAGAGCCGGCCAUUCUCGUUAAGCUUGUAUGUAUUUACAGAGCCAAAGUUCUUCCAUACUAGAGUACAAGUCUAUCUUUAGAGCUCUUUUCUUUGUCGUUGACUAUGAAAUUCAUUUUGAGAAACUCCACUUAUAUCGUACGUAGAGAACAUAGAUUUUAAUCCUAAAUACUUAUUUUUUAAGCACAACUUAGUCGGGAAUCACGUGUCUGAUUAUUAAAACACAGCAAUGUGAAUAGAAACUGAAUUUAAAAACUUUUUUUUCUAAUCUCUUGUUUUGAUGAGGCAGUCGUUUUACAAAAAAACAAAAAGUAGCAGGACAUUUAUAGCUAAUUUACUAAUGAUAUAUAGCCACAUUACAAGCAUUAGAAUCAAAACAGAGAUAAAUAAAAAAAGGAGUUUCCUCUUCUAGGUAGAAACCAGACUUGCACUAUUUUACAUCGAAGGGUAAUACAUAAACAUCUUGAUUAUAGAUUUCUGGUUUAUUCUUUCAGGAACUCCUAUCAGUAAAUACAAAGAUCAAGCCACGCCACUGGCUUCCUUAAAACUGGAGGCCUCUGGAAACUGGAAACUAUUUUCAUCAUGGAAAUAACUUGUCGUGAAUAUAAUGACUUCUAUGAGGUAAAAGCAAAUAAGGAUGCUAAUUUUAUUAAACACAACACAUCCAGUGUUGCACUUUUCAUGUCACUGUUAGCAGCAGCAAUGCUCUUGGAUUUUUGCCAUAUAAAGCUCAAGGCAGACGUGUGUGACCUUCCUGUCUUCUUAGGUAUUGUCUCAACCGCAGUUUGUCUUUACUAACUUUCAUUCUCGUACAUCUAAAAGCACCUAAUCUUCAUUAUUUUUUUAGUAGGAAAUGAAAAGCAAGUAUACUGAAACGAUUUUCUUCAUGAUUAUAUUGUUCAAGCCGGUUCUGAUGUCUCCUGCUGGUGUUGUGCAACAACUUCAGUGUGACAAACUCAAACUAUGUUCUCUUAUUUCUUCAGAAACCAAAAGUAAAAGACAUUUAACAAUAAUUUCAGCUUAAAGUCUUCUCUGUGAUAUGCAUUUACAACAGUUUGAAAAAAAAAAAAUGAAAAGGCUUUUGUUUCUAGGCAACAUAAUAGAGUGCCUUUUUAAAUGGUAGCCCACAUAAGGGUUAAUUUGCAGUUGUGGGGAUGAAAUGUGGUGAGCUGUCUCACAGCACAAUGAUAUAUUUGGAGACAGACGUGACUAUAUUUAUUAUCUCAAAAGCAAAGGGGAGCUUCUUGAAAGCUGAUUGGACAGAAGUACAGUCCUUUAAUGGCUUCUGUUGUAACUCAAUUGUUGAACUAAUUAUUUUCCUAAUUUUAGUUGGCAUUGUCUUUCAAUAAUCUGCAUACAUCUUGAGUUUUUUUUUUUCUUAGGCACAAACUUUAAUAUAUCUUUUAGGGAUUUCAUGAGAUAGUUGCUGUGAUGUGGAACCAAAACAUUUUUCAAGGAAACAUUUUAAAAGUAUGAAGCCCAUACUCACAAAUGACCAUGACAAAGAGCAUUUGUGAAAAAUAACUUUUAAUUCUUGUCCCAGAUGCUUAGUUUGAUUUAGAUCUGGAUUUUAACUAGACCAUAUACCAAAUCUAGACCAUUCCAUUGAGUCUCUGGCUGUAUGUAGUGUGUAUAUGGUGUGUAUUUUGUUGUCCUGCCUCAGUUUUAAGUUUUUUGCACAACUGAAUUAAAGCAUGAUACCGCCACCACUGUGUUUCAUCAUAAGGAUGGUGUGUUUAGGACUUGUUUAAUAAUAGCUUCCCUCCACACGCAGCAUUUUUUAGAAUAAAAAGCCAAACUAUUCAGUCUUCUUUUCACAAGAGCACUUAAUAUUGUCUCCAAAAUUUACAAUUAUACACUGCUUUGUGUUUCUCUGAUACUUAACUUCCACAGAAAAGUCUGUGGUUGUGGCGUGACUUGAUGCAAAAAAGACAUGCGAAAUAUUCUCACUGUGUAUGUUUGGGUUUCCUGUUGGUUUCCACCCAUCAUCCAAAAAAUAGAAGCUUCCCUAACUGCAGAUCAUGAGCUGACAUUAGUCGUACAUGUGCAUGGUUGCUAGUGAUCAAUUUUGACUGCCUUUCUGUCCACAGUAUAACCUUGGAAUCCAUAACCCUGAAGAGAAAAACAUGUUUAUUUAUGUUACUUAAAUACUUCCUGUUUUCCACUUCGUACAUAAACAAGGCUGUUGUCAUGGCUUGACCAUGGCAUAUGUAAAUGAUGUCUGAAGCUUUCGAUAAGCUGAUCACUGGCGCUUUGUGCUAGAGAAGAGAAUUUUAUAUAAUUUUCAUGAUGCUUCCUAAGGAAAAAAAAUCCCCAGUGUUCUUUUCCAUGUGACUUGUACUCUUUCCUUUUUGCCGUAUAUGUGUGAAAGCUGGCUGGACAUGUAAAUAUGUAGUCUUUUUUUUUAAAAUUUUUUUAGUCUCAGUUUGUUUAAAUAUGAAUACAGUAGUACUGCAUUCCCAGCAGCAGUGAGUUCUAGUUGGUAACUCAACCCAGCCUUAUUGAACAUCUCUAAUCAAUGCAAACGUUGGGUCAAUUUUGUAAAGAAAAGUGAAACAUUCAGAAUAAUGCCAGCUUCAGCGCAACUUAUUUGUGCCAUAGGAGUUAUAAAUUGUUACCCUGGUCA